CCUUUCUCGUCGUCUCCCCAGUAAGUGCUGUUGCUGAAGGAUUCCGUCCAUAUACGUAGACAGUCUGCAGCAAGCUCUGUCCACUGCCUAUACUUCAAUUGCAAUUCCAGCAUUCUUCUUCCGCAAUCAUGGUGCUCCCCUUCGGCGUCUACAGAGCCGACCACGUAGGCUCGUUCCUGCGCCCAAAAUCUAUCCAUGACGCUCGCGAGGCUGUUGCCGAGAACAAGUCGACUCUCGAGGAGCUCCGCAAGGUCGAGGACAAGGCAGUCACAGACGUAGCUUCCAAGCAAAUCGCAGCUGGCAUACGCUCCAUCACUGACGGAGAGUUCCGCCGCGCCUACUUCCAUCUCGACUUCCUCCAGCAUUUGGACGGCAUCGAGAUCCGCGGACAGACGGGUCUGAUCAGGCCGCACGGCUUCUCCCCGCCUGUCCUCGCCGUCACAGGCAAACUCGGACACCCCAAGAGCAUCCAGGUCGACGACUUCAAGUUUCUCGAGCAGGCUAUCAAGGACAAUGGCGGCGCCGCCACCACCAAAGUCUGCAUACCGAGUCCUACCAUGGUCCACUUCCGCGGCGGUCGCGCCAGCAUCGACAUCGAAGCGUACCCAGACCUCGACGAGUUCUUCACCGACCUCGCGAGGGUGUACCAGGAGGAGCUCGACGACCUGUACAAAGCCGGGUGCCGCUUCGUGCAGCUCGACGACACCAACCUGGCCUACCUGUGCGACCCGGACAUGCGCAAGGCGGCCGAGGAUCGCAACGAAGACCUCUCUACACUCCCCAGAAAGUACGCCGAGCUCAUCAACGCCGCCAUCUCCAAGCGGCCCGCAGACAUGAAGAUCGGCAUCCACCUCUGCAGAGGCAACUACCGCUCCAAGUGGUUCGCGUCCGGCGGCUACGAGCCCGUCGCCGAGGUUCUCUUCAAGGAACUCAACGUCGACGCCUACUUCCUCGAGUACGACGACGCGCGCAGCGGUGACUUCAAGCCCCUCCGCCACCUGCCCGAACACAAGGUCGUCGUCGUGGGCGUCAUGUCGAGCAAGAAGAACACCCUCGACGACAAGCAGGAGAUCAUCGACCGCAUCAAGCAGGCCGCCGAAGUCGCGCCCAAGGGACUUGAGCAGCUGUGCCUAAGCCACCAGUGUGGUUUUAGCUCCACGGUCGAGGGCAACGAGUUGACCGAAGAGGAGCAGUGGGCUAAGGUCCGCCUCAACGUCGAGAUCGCCAAGGAGCUCUGGGGUGAUGAUCUGAGUAAAUAAACGUGAAAACAUGAAACGAAACAGAAGGGAACGAGACGAAACGAAAAAAAAACUACUUCACCAAACAUAAAAGAAGUAUACCAAAGCGUGGUUGGGCGCGAAUUGCAUAGCAUGGUUUUCUGGUAGCGUAUGGUGUGUGUACCUAGGUACUUUGGUUAUUGAACGACGUCGUUGGCAUUUGUACUGUAAUUAGUAUCUAGCUUGUUGGUGUUGGGGCGGAGU